UUUGUUUAAAAUAAAUUUAUUUUUUUUUUUUAUAUAUAAGAUGUGAUCAUUGUCAAAAUGAUGUUGUUGGAAUUCGUUUUGAUUGUGUUCAUUGUCCAGCAUUAACAUUUUGUGAAAAAUGUGAACAACAAGCUACAUUAGAUCAUUCAAGAGAAAAUCAGUUUCUUCAACAACAACAACAUGUUUUUAAACUUAUUAUGGUACCACAAGAAGAAGCUAAUCAAGUGUGA